AUGGCCGAUAUCUGGAGCGGAGAUAUUCUUCUCCCCGAUCAGACGGCAAUAAAAGACAUUACUCUCGCAUCACACGUCACCGCGUCCCUUCUGGUAGCGUCACUGCGCUUUCUAGCCAUAGUCGACUCUGCUCAAAUACCGUUAUAUCUCGCUGCUGGACCGAGCUUGGAGGUAUGGACAACGAGCGAAGACACCGAAGAGUGGUUCUCUUCGGUCUUCCUCAGCAAACCCGCCGCGCCUCGAGAUGCACAGGCAAGUCGGUGGUGGACCUGCGCACGCGCACAGUCACCUGUUGGUGUUCUUGUGCAAGUGGGAGGGAGUCAGCUGGAUACCAAUGGGCCCAGAAUCACCGAAAUCCUCUUCUAUGGCACAGUUGCGGCGCCUGCUCAUGGUGCGCUGCCGACACCGCCCUCCUCCUCGCCCGACCAUUCUCAUGCCAUCCUAGAUCGGGAGCCUCUGCCUGAGCUCAAAGUACAUGCAUUGCCAUUAUCUUCUGACCUUCUGCACAAGCCGGCAUUACUUGAGAACCCACCGCUGUCGCCUAGCUUGAGCACCUUGGAACCACGUACCCAUGUCGAGCCGCAAUUCCUUCCACCUGCAUUCACCUGCGAGCAGACGCCCGCGUCACCAAAGCGAAAGCGAGAUAUCUUUGACGAAGCUACCCAAGCGCGGAAGAAGGCUCGCAGCAAGGGGGGAGAAAGCAUCGCUGCUGCUGCGGCCAGGGGUCAAGAAAGCCAGCGGGCAUUGGGCCACCGAAAGUCUCUCUCAAUAGAUACGAAGGCGCUGUCAUUUCCCGACUCAAGACCGGGUUCUGCAAACGCACUGGCACGGCCCUCGUCCCGACCGCUGUCCAGAUCACCCAGCAUUUGCUCCGACAUUCGACCUUUGAGCAGAAAAGGGGUUCCAGAAAGCCAAGCCAAGCGUUCUGCCUUAUCACAGGUCGCAACCGUCCCACUGCAGCCAGAAGAGCCAACAACAGAGUCGAGGAACAAGGAGGCAUUUUCCAGAGUCGUCAUGACCGCAAUGCGCAUGCACGGUCUACAACAGCGUAAGAAGAACAAGUCCCGACGAGGCUCUCUAGCACCUGGUAUUCAAAUCGAAGAGCAGCUUAGUGAAGAAGCGGCCGCGGAAGAAGCCGCGAAAGACGAAGAGUACAAACUCAUCUAUCACCAGACGUACAAGAGCGCGGUGCUGGCCUUCCGAAAGCACAUGUCGUCAAAGCCACUGCAUUCUCAACCAGAUCGGCUGCGGGAUGUUGUAGAAAGAUUGCUGGCUAUUUUCUGUGCAGAUCCGCUUGCGCAGCCUCUACCCGGCGACGAGACUACUGACCCAUUAGCUACGCCUGGACGGCAGCACCUAGGUCUUCCUGGCUCGACGCAUAGUCGCGCGAGUCCGUUCGAUAUGCCGAGCGGAGCGAGACAGAAUGCGACCAAGACUACUGUGGACGGAGCCAGGCACACGGGGUCGCCCCUCAGCAGGAGAAAAUUGGAGAAUAGAGUACUAACUGGGUGA